AUGUCGACGCCAUCCCUCCAGACGCCGCUCUCGAAGCUGCUGGGUAUCCAGUACCCUAUUAUCCUUGCCGGUAUGGCGCGCACAUCUGGUGGACCCCUCGCGGCUGCCGUGUCAAAUGCAGGCGGUAUGGGUGUCAUUGGCGGUUUAGGUUACACACCCGAGCAGCUGCAAUCCAUCAUCGACGACCUCAAAUCAAACCUCCGCGACAAGUCACUUCCCUUUGGCGUCGAUCUCGCACUCCCACAAGUCGGCGGCAGCGCGCGCAAGACCAACCACGACUACACUCACGGCCAGCUAGACGAUCUCAUUGAGGUCACGAUCAAGAAUGGCGCAAAGCUGUUUGUCAGCGCUGUCGGAGUGCCACCUGCAAGGACUAUCAAGAGGCUUCAUGAGGCUGGCAUCCUGAUCAUGAACAUGGUCGGCCACCCGAAACACGCGAAGAAGGCGCUCGACGCCGGCGUAGACAUCGUCUGCGCACAGGGAGGCGAAGGUGGAGGCCAUACCGGUGACAUUGCAAACAGCAUCUUGAUCCCCUCCGUCGUCGAUGUCGCACGCCAAUACAAGAGUCCGCUCACCGGCCAGCCCGCAAUGGUCGUCGCCGCAGGAGGAAUAUACAACGGUCGCAGUCUGGCGAGCAGUCUGAUGCAGGGCGCACAAGGAGUGUGGGUUGGCACGCGGUUCGUCGCGUCGACGGAAGCCGGCUGCUCGCAAAUGCACAAGGAGAACGUCGUCACGGCGGAUUUCACGGACACCGGGCGGACCCUGGUCGUCAGUGGGCGACCGCUGCGGGUCAGGUAUAAUGAUUAUAUCAAGGAGUGGCAUGAGCGGGAGGGUGAGAUUAAGAAGCUCACGGAUGCUGGUAUCGUGCCGCUGGCAAAGGACAUGGACGAUGGAAAGGACGUGGACAUUCCAUUCUUGAUGGGCCAGGUUGCUGGGGUUAUUGACGAGAUCAAGCCUGCGAAGGAGAUUGUGGAUGAGAUGGUCCGGGAAGCGGUGGAUAUGCUGCGGUUAGGGCAGACGUAUAUUGGCGGUCCGAGCAGCAAGUUGUGA